UUUGAAAGAGACGUUCAUCGUCUUUCUCAGUGACUGCCGGUUAUGAGAACAGAGACACAAAGAUGGAGAUAAUUCACACUGUCCACGUUUUGGUCAAAUCACUGCUGUUUGUGCUGCUGUGGUCAAACUGUGAAGGAAGAGAGUCGGAGCUCAACUAUGUGACCUGCGGCUCACUGGUCAAACUGCUGAACACCAGACACAACGUCCGCCUGCAUUCCCACGAUGUCAAAUAUGGCUCAGGCAGUGGACAGCAGUCUGUAACUGGAGUUGAGAACGCAGAUGAUGCCAACAGUUAUUGGCAGAUUCGAGGGAAGCCCAACCGUCCGUGCCAACGCGGGUUGGCCAUCAAGUGCGGUCAGGCCAUCCGCAUCACGCACAUGAAGACUGGCCGAAACCUCCACACACACCACUUCAGCUCGCCCCUGUCCAAUAACCAGGAGGUCAGCGCUUUCGGAGAGAACGGCGAGGGCGACGACCUGGACUUGUGGGCGGUGCAGUGCGACGGCGACCACUGGGAGCGCGACGAGGCAGUGCGCUUCAAGCACGUGGGCACGGACGUCUUUCUGAGCGUGACGGGCGAGCAGUACGGCCACCCCAUCCGCGGCCAGCGCGAGGUGCACGGCAUGAGCACUCCCAACCAGCACAACUGGUGGCGCUCCAUGGAGGGGGUCUUCAUCCAGCCCAGCCAGGAGCUGCUGCGCCACGAUGAGCUCUGAUCGUCACUCAGGGACACGACGCACGCAGAUUCCUGUUUUAUAGCUCGCCUGGACCAAAUGGCGUCCUGUGUGAAUGAUGUAGAGUACUUGACUGACGGCUCGUCUCUGUACAUGUGAGGCACUCAGGGGUUCUGAGAGGUGGGGGGUAAUGGUAACAGUGUGACUGAGCUCAGUGAUACUGUCUGUAAUGUAGCCAUAUGGUCUGUUUGUUCUGUCAGUUUCCUCCUUAGAGAAUUUCAUGAGGGAGAAAAUACUUGUGUAAAAAAUGAAGGCUAGAUUACCAACAGGGCACAGGAGCUACUGUGGGCCCCCAGGGGCCGAGAAAGCCCCGAAUUCAUUGCUAUAAUUUGACUGAUUUUUGUCCAGAAAUACACUCACCAAAAAACAAUAUGAAUUGAUAUAUUGAGCAGCCCUGUGUCAAAUAAAACCGUUUAGUUGAUACUGCUAGAUAUAUUAAGAAAAUGUCAAAUAUUCUCUGGUGUCAGUGUCUCCACUGUGAGGAUUUGCUGCUUUUCUCUUGUUUCUCUCACAGUAAAAUGAAUCUCUUUGGCUUUUGGACUAUUGGUCGAACAAAACAAGACAUUGCAUGAUGUCACCUUGGACAUUUUUCACUAUUCCCUGAGAUUUUAUACACUGAACAAUUAAUCCAGACAAUAAUUAGGAGUUUAAUCACCGUGGUUGCAGCCCUAGAAGAAUUAAUCAAUCAAUUAUUUGACAAUGAAAAUGAUUGUUCGUUGCACCCCUAGUUUCUAAUAAUAAUUGAAUAAUGAAAUAAUAUUUUCUUGGGUUUAAAUGGAAACGUCGUUUCAAGGAGUGUAUUUUAAUAGUAGUGUUGCAGAGCCAAGUGAACUUGGCAAUAAAUUAUGAUGUUUGCUUAAUGAUGAAAGUGAAACUGAUUACUGGUGUAUGAAAUAACCGUUAUUGUCAUCUACCAAUAUUCAUGUAUCAGUGAAGCUGCAUGAACGUCACAGAAGCUAGAACUUGUGAGUGUAACUCAGUUGUGAGGACUGUUUGGCCUGCUGGAGACCGAAAGCUCGCAGAUAAACCUGACGGCAGGGAGCCGCUUGGUUUGACCAUCAGCUGCUCGUUUAGUCUUAGAGUUGAGAUGUUAAGCCAUAUUUAAAGCAGUUUUGAGUGGAUUUUGUGCCUGGAUGUGGAAUUUUUAAGUCCUGCCCAAGGAAUGAGCAGCUGUGAAGCUAGUUUCAUCCUGAUGUGACUUCCUUACACUGAGUGGACCAGUCAGACGAGUAGAACCCAUGUAUACCAAACCCCGAGUCAUUCAGUCCUCAUGACGGCCUCCACAACAGACCAAUCCUGUUGACUGUGCUAAUGUGAUACGUUCUCCCUGUCAGAUUUCAACUGUUGGGUUUUCACCCUCUGUACAUUACCCCUGGUGUGACAACAACACUUUAUUUAUGUCAUGGCGAAUGUUUAUGUGAAGGGACGGGAAGUGCAUACUUUUAAAAAUGAGUACUUUUCACUGUUUUUUUUUUUUUUUCCUCUUUUCAUUGUAGAGUGUUGGGUCUUUUUGUAUUGUUAUUGGUGAACAGCUAUUCAGGAGCUUAUGAUUAGAGGGAAAAAGAUCUGAGACCACCUUGCAGAUGUAAAAGCAGCGUUUGAUUUCACCUGUCAGUCGACCGCUCGCUCAGUUUUGAGGAGCCAGAACGAAGAAUGUGACAUCUUUCUAAGAGCUCCAUGUCUUUUUAGAAAAAUAAGGAAAAUGUUGUGUGUUUGAAUUCAGUAAUGGAAUGAGUAAGAUGACCUGUUGUUUCCUGAUUUUGCAUAAAAUAUGUUCCUACAUGA